AUGUUUACUGAAGUGAAAUCAAGACUGUCUAAAAUUGAGGAAAAUACCAGCACUCUCGAGGAGAUUAACACAAAACUCAGCAACCUAACUGUGAGGGUAGAAAGAUCAGAAACAGAUAUCAGUUGUAUGAAAAAUAAGAUAAGGGACAUGGAAAGUGACAUACAGGGUAACAGUGAUAUCAUGGAUCGGGUAAAGGCUGCAAAUGAUACAGUCGGCAGAAACGUUACAAACAUGAAGAAAAGCAUUGACAAAUUGGAAAAAAAUGAAAAUGAAGUCCUAGAUGAAGUUGAUGAAUUGCACGAAAUGAUAGAGGAAAUGAAAGAUAGGGCUACUGAUGCACAGUGCAGGAGCAUGAAGUAUAAUCUGAUAUUUUCAGGUAUUCCAGAGAAAAUUUGGGACCAAAAUCAGAGUCUAGAUGAUGAUGAAAUAACAUUGAAAAAUUUCAUUGAAAGUAAACUCAAAAUUGUAAACGCCCAUGACAUUGCUAUGGCCAACGUCCAUAGAAUCGGCCAACGCGACAGGCGUACCGGUACACGGCCAAGAUCAAUCAUAGCAAAGUUUAUUUACUACAAGGAUUUACUGAGAGUCAAGCGGAGUGCUAAAGAACUAAAAGGGUCACAUUUUGGUAUAAACGAACAGUUUCCAAAGAAAAUUGAAGACAAAAGGAAAAUUUUAUAUCCGGUAGCGAAAGAAGCUAGGAAAAACGGGAAAAAAACUGUGUUGAACAGAGAUCAGCUGUACAUAGAUGGUGUACUAUAUAAGGGCCCGGAUGUUCAGCCCAUGGCCAGUCAGCAUACGCCCACUCAACAACCGCGCUCGAAACGUAGACGGGUGAUUUCAAAUCAGCAUGAAUAG